AUGGGAUUUUUCUGGUUUCAGAUAGGAAUCCGUAUCCUCCUUGCCGAUCAAAGUCUUCGUAUUCUGUCGGGGUGUGUGUGCAAGGCUAUUUUAACUACCCUUGUGUUUUUAACUUUUGCAGAACUGGAAAAUGGGGAAGAGACUGAUGGCUCCUUUUCUUCGCUUCCUGAUAGUGUCUCAGGAGCAUCUGACCAUUGUGAUAAAGAGAAUGAAGCACCCUCUGAUGGGAAUCAUUUUCCUCCUGUUGCAGCUCAGGAUCUUAAUUUUGUUCUGAAGUCUGGAUACCUGGAAAAACGCAGAAAAGACCACAGUUUUUUUGGCUUUGAAUGGCAGAAGCGUUGGUGUGUUAUCAGUAAGACUGUCUUCUAUUAUUAUGGAAGCGAUAAAGACAAACAACAGAAAGGUGAAUUUGCCUUAGAGGGCUACGCCAUCAGAAUGAAUAAUAGCCUUCGGAGAGAUGCAAAGAAAGAUUGCUGUUUUGAAAUCUUUGCUCCUGAUAAGCGCAUUUAUCAGUUUACAGCUGCCACUCCCAAAGAAGCAGAGGAAUGGGUACAGCAAGUCAAAUUUGUAAUUCAAGAUAUGGAAUCUAAUAAUAUUCCAGAGGAGGAGGAGGAAGAGGAAUACGACGAUGUUGGACAAGUGAGCAGUGAAUCGAUAGGUGGUGAUAGCAUUUAUGAAGAAGUUAAAGAAGAAUGUGCUCCUUCGAAGGAUGAAGUGCCAAGAAAACUAAGCCAGGAGGAAGCAACCACUGUUCCACAAAGUGAAAAUACCGAUUAUGCCAAUUUUUAUCAAGGUUUGUGGGACUGCACAGGAGAUGAACCUGAUGAGCUGACAUUUGAACGUGGUGACGUUAUCUACAUUCUCAGCAAGGAGUACGAUAGCUUUGGCUGGUGGGUAGGAGAAAUGAAAGGAACCAUUGGCUUGGUGCCUAAAGCCUACAUAAUGGAGAUGUAUGAUAUUUGA